AUGGAUAGCAAUACAACUACACAAAAUGCUGCAUUAGAGAAAUCUAUAAACAGCCCAAUACGCAGACCUAUCAGGCUCCUCAACCUACACGAAGAACGUAAAAGAGUAAAAUCUUUAAAAAGAGGCGAUUUUAUUUCAAAAAUUAAUGACUUGACAAGCUAUUUAGAAAAUGACCGCAGCAUGAAUGAUUCUAGAAACUAUACAAGACAUAAUACCACAAUGAUAGAGCCAUUAGCCACGAGAAAACUUUCUAUACUAGAAGAGCACAAAAGAGAGCUUAGUGUAGAUAAUAGUAAAUAUUUAUGUGAUAUAGCAGCUGCGGCAAAGCAAGCUUUACUUCCUAAUAACCCACCCCAGAACCCUCAAAAAGUAAAUAAAGCCAAAUUAAGCGAGUCUGAAGAAAAAUCAGCAAAACUGCCUGAUGAAAAACCUGAGCCAAGCAAUAAUAAAAGUUUGUAUUCCACUUUAAAAGAACUAAAAACGACUACAAACAAUAAACCGAAAAAAACAAUGAAAAUUGAUGUAUCUUCAGUAAAUAAUAAUACAAGUCUUCUAAAAUCUCCUAAAACUUCCCCAUUAAAAGUAGCAACACCUAGAAAAUCAAGCCCAACAAAGCCUUCAACACCUUAUGGAAGAAAUGGCUCACAAAAGCAGCUAAAUAUGAAAUUUUCUCAAGAGGCUAUAAAAGUUGUGCCGCAGAAUAGAAAUAGUUCUCCUAUUGAUAUUCAAGCCACAAAAGCAAAAUAUAAAAUAAGCUUACUCCCCCCUCCUUGAGUGAACAAAACCAUUAGAAAAAUCGCUAUUUUUUUGCCCAAAAACCCACCCUCCGUGAGUGAACAAAAAUUUUUUUAAUAGAAAAAUUUUGAUAUAUAAGUGAUAAUUAGCAUAAUGAAAUCUAGUGCUAAUUCUGUUUAAUUUUAAACGAAUUGCUUUUUAAAACAUAAAUUUUAUAAAUUAAAUUAAUAUUUGCUUUCCAAUUUUUGCGAAUUAGGAUUUUUUUAAAUUUCGAAAAAAAAUAUUUUUUUUAAAAAAAAAAAAUUAACCCCUCUCCGUGAGUGAACAAAAUUUUUUUGUUCACUCACGGAGGGGAGGGGAGUUAGAAGAUGCUAAAUUAGAGGAUAUUGAUACCAUUUUAACAAAUAAAAAGCCAGACUCUAGUAAAAGUAAAAAAUUGACAAAGGAUCAGGAAAGCAGCCUGAUAAGCCGGCUUCAAAGAUCUUCUUCAUCUACUUUGAGAUUUUUAAAAUAA